AUGGCGUUGCCUAAUCUAGAUAACAGAUCUGUAUUAAAUGUUGUAGAAGAAAACUUCCAGCGUAUUGGAUUGAAAACCUACGCAAUACGUAUGGUAUAUGUCGGUGAACAUACUUUAAAGAAAGAGGAAAUAAUAAAAUUAUUUUCAAAGACAAUGCGAGAUGUUAAUUCAAGUUACUGCGAUAUAAAUGUAGCUGGCGUGCUAUUGGUGUAUGACAGCUAUUUUGUACAUAUUAUUGAGGGCUCUGAAGACACAGUUCAUCGACAGCUAAGAUUUCUGUUAAAUCUUGAGGUUCAAUGGUUAAAGGAAAUGGAGGAACAGGAUAAAGAAGAAGAAAAAGAUGAAAGAAGUACGGAUGGUCAAACUGGAGAAGCGUUGUCAAUUAUGCUUGAUUCACAAACUGCAAAACCAGAAAAAAAGAUUUUUAAGCGAUUAAAGGCCUUAAUGGUUUAUCAUUCUAUACAAACGCGAAUGUUUAAUGGUUGGCGAGCGCUAAUCGCCCGCCCGCUAUCGCUAAUCGACAAGCUGGAUGUGUACGGACCCAUUACUGAACACAUGGAGCAUUUGCGGAUUUUUCUUGAUAAGAUUAAGAAGCUCUGCAUACUUGCUAAGGAUAAUUUGGAAUUGUCGUUUGAAGGGUUAAACGCGGUGGAUCCGAAAAUGGAAGUCUUACCUGAAGUAGCUUUGCUAGAUUUUCUGCUGGGAUCUAAGUACAUUCUAGAACUUCGUCGUUUUAUGCACUUUCAUAGAAGAGUUGACGACUAUGUCUUUUAUUUCGAAAAUGUAUGGCCUUUACCUACUCAUUACACACCACGUUUGCUGUACAAGCUCAAGAUAGACGAUUCAUUUGUGGAGCCCCUACCGGUUAUGCCCUGGGAGUUAGCCAAAAAGGAGGUUGAAGAAGAGGGGAGAGAAACCGCUAGGGAGGAGGAACAAAGUGCCGAUAGUUUAGAUAGUGAUUAA